CCGCUGCAGCAACAUACGCAUUUUUAACCCUAAAAAAUACAGCACCGAGUGUUUAGUACAGUCAAAGUGACGCCGCGACAACCCAGAACAAAACGGAUAAUUAAAAGCGGAGGACGAUUGUUGUUCCUGGUGUCCAGUGUGCAGUGUCCACGAAAAAGAGAGCGUUCCGUGUGCGUGGCGAAGCCGACUCGAUCCCGAUAGAAGAAAAGCGCCACAGUCAGUGCCCACAGCCGCAGUGCAAAAGUGCAAUUUGUCGUAAUCGGCCGAUUAAUAUUGAAAAGAAGCGGCUUGCAGUUGCGCGUGUGGCGCCCGCAAAAACCGAGCGACAACACAACACCGCCAUUCACCAUCACGGCGUGCCCAUCCGGAUCCGAACGGCCACGCGAUGAACAACCAACUGAACCCGGCAACCUACCGCAAGUUCAACAAUCUGCUCAGUAGCGGAGCGGUCACCGUGACCGGUCCCAGUCAGCCGCGCAUCCUCAAGACGACGCGCCUAGUGGUUCCCGGUGGCGGCGGAGGAGGCGCCUCGUCCGGUGGCGCCUCUGCCGGCGGUGCCUCUUCCGCCGUUAGCAUCGCCCAACAGCAGGCGGUCAGCGAUGCGGAGGCGGGAAACCUAGGUGUCGGCGGCCUGGCCACGCGAUGCUACAUCUGCGAUGAUCGCUGCGAGCCUCAGACCUCGCUCACCGAGAUGUGCACCACCCACACGUCCACCAAGUUCCCCAACAAACUGGCGCAGCUCGUGGGCGAGGGCUUCCUGGUCAUCGUCUGCGGCGAGGAUUACGUGUGCACGCGCUGCACCAACCUGGUCAACUACUACGACCGCCUGGAGAACGAUGUGGAGCGGGUGAAGACAAACCUCAUCAGUUUGCUGAACAAGAAGUAUGCCAUUAACGAGGACGCCGGCCUGGAGGGCAGUCCGCCGCUCAAGAUGCAGAAGAUGGUCACCGGAGCGGCCAAUCGCUCGUUGGAGGAAAGUCCUAGUGGGGAAUUGCUGCGUCCCCGCAAGGUCCUGCAGGGUACACCAGUGGGUCAGGCCAAGAUCGCCGCGGGAGCCGCCGGCGUUCAGGGAACACAGACGGUGCAGCGCAAGGCCACCAAGAUCUACAAGUGCACCUCGUGCGACUACAAGACCUCCGACAUGCGGCUCUUCAACACGCAUUAUGAGACCUGCAAGCAGCAGACCUUCCAGUGCAAGACCUGCCGCAAGAUCUUCCCGCACUUCGGGGCCAUGAAGCAGCACAUGGUGCGUGACCACAGCACCGCCAUGGACAACACUUGUGCCAUGUGCCACAUUAACUUCGUGAACGAGGCGAGCCUGCGCAAGCACAUGGAGUCCAACCACGCCACCAAUGUGCUGGUGACCAGCACCACCACCAUCCCGGCAGCGGCUGCUCCGGUGGCUGCCGCUGCGGCCGCCGCUGCUGCCGCCGCCACUGAGAAUCUUAACGUGGUCGGAGCCUCGCUGUACACAUGCAACCAUUGCCAGUUCAAGUCCACGGACAAGGGCGUCUUCGAUGAGCAUAUGCGCAAGCAUUCUGCUGGCAAACCCAAGCCAUUCAAGUGCCGCCUGUGCUCGCAGCGCUUCGAGACGCGCGAAGCUGCCACAGUGCACGCCAAGCAGCAUCAGACCAAUUUCUUCAAGUGUGGCACUUGCUCGAUGACCUUCCCCAAGCGGGAGCUGCUUGUCAAGCACUUCGAAGUGCACCAGAAUCCGGCGGCAUCAGCUGUGUCGCCCAAACAGCCGGUCACUCAGAAUCUGAAUACCCAGAAGCUGCUCCAGGAGACCAUUGACGAGGCACUCAGUGACAGUGUGCCUACUUCAGCCUCGACAGCUACUGUGGCCACCACCGAAGCGGAGAACAACAUCCGUUUCUUCUCGUGCAGCAUUUGCUCGCUGACGUUCAUCCAGGAGACGUACUACAACCACCACAUGGAGACCCACAGGCGUGACAAGAAGGGCGCCUCGGCCGGAGCCACUGCCCUAAAUUCGGCAGCCACGGCCCUGCUGAGCGACGAGCCUGGAGAGGCAUCUGGAAAGGCUGGAGACGAGGGCGGCGAGCAGAAUGCCGAGGCCGACAUUGAGAGCCUGUUCGAGAAGCUCCACUCCGACAAGAAUGAGAGCGGCGAGGCGCCCAAGGCGGGCAGCAAAGGCGGCGAGAUGGUCAUCACCUCGCAGGAGGGCAGCGGAGGUAUCACCUUCAACAUAACCAUCCCACAGCCGGACGGUGACCAGUCGCAGAAGGAUUCGCCCAAUGCCACAGCUCCCGUCUCCGUUAGCAUUGACAUGCCAAAUCUGGAUCAAGCCGAAGACGAAUCCCAGUCUCAGGGCAGCAUCGACGCCAAGGGCGAAAGCGGCGACGCCUCUUCCGCCGACAGCAAGUCCACUGCCGCUCCCGUGUCCAUGCCCAGUUUAGAUGAUGACAAUGAGGCUGCAGCUGCAGAAACUGAGGCUACAGAGGAACCCAAGACGACCAGUAAAGCGGGUCAAGAGAAACCCAAGGCCAAAGCAGGAGACAGUGCCAAGGCGAAGGAGGCCGUUGCUGCAGAGGAACCCCAACCCUCGGACGAAGCGGAUGCUGGGUCAAAGCGUGAGGCCACGGAUACGCCCACAACCGAGUCGGAGGCAGCUGCCGCGACCGCAGAAGGAGCUGAAUCGGGAGAGGGCGAGGUGACCGCCGGCACCGGGGCUGAGGGUGAGGCUGGAGAGGCUGCCGCUGGUGAGCAUGUGGCCAUGGAACUGGACGAAGCCAUGCAGGCGCAGGUGGACGGCGGACAGAUAAAGUUUAUUGUCAACGAGAACGGCCAUCUCCUCCAGCUGGAUAACCACAUCCUGACCGACGCCGAAGGCAACCAGAUUAUUGUGCAAGAUCCCGAGCAGAUCCAGCAGCUGCUGCAAAGUGUGGGAGUGCUGCAAUCUGGCGAGGGACUCGAGGGCGAAACCCUCCAGAUGAUGACCGACGGCAGUGGCCAAAUGGUACUUGUCCACGGCGACAACAAUGAGCAGCAGCUGAUCGAUGCUUCCCUAUUGAACUCCGAGGGGCAGUUAAUUAUCCAGCAAGGACAAGAUGGUGAGGAAGGCGCCCAUGUUAUCAGCGAGGAUGGCACCCGCAUCCCAGUUUCCGUAUCGUACACGGAAGAUGGCCAGCCCAUCGUCCAGGUUCAACAACAGGUCUUGGAGGCCGCUCAGCAGGCGGCAGCCAGCGCCUCCGGCAGUGCCGAUGACAAGGAGGCGGCUGCCGCCUCGGCCGGCGAGGAAGUGCAAGUGUCGGAAGCAACCAGUGCCACGGCAUCCACCACUGUGGUGGCCACCAGCACAGCCAGCAGCAGUGGCGGCGCCUCGGGCGGCAGCUUCUUUGCCCUAGAGGAGUUUACGGAGACGAAGGCCGACUAGGAUUGGCCCUAGGGGCGGGGCCGUGACCACUAUACCAUACUGGCAUGCGAAGAGGACUGGUUUUAGCUGUGGGGCGCGCUCAAGAUCUCUGGAGGACUUUUGCACACCCCGAAUUGCAACCAACCACCCGGACACACCCAAAACCGAUACCCAACCUACAGACAACUGAACACGAAGACAGAGAUACACACGAAACUAUUCAAUAUAUAUUUACAUUUAGCAUAUGUAUUAAACACUCCAGUAAACUAAACUAACGAUUUCUUAUUCACGAGCCAGAAGAUAACAUAAAAUCAAUCAAUCAAAUUGUUCAUGCGGUCCGUUUCGCACUCGGCUGCCAGGGAUCUCAACCCAGAUCGCUCUGGCCGCCCCAAAAAAAUCGUGUCUAGGUUUAGUAAUAGUAUAGACAAAACUGCAAGAUUAAUGCGACAACAAACAAAAACUGUGUAAGCAAAAAGUUUAUGUGAAGUACUUGGAAUAUGUUAAAAAUAUGUAUUUACACGCCAACACAACAAUUACACUAAAUAAAAUCGAUUUAAACACAAAA